CGUGGCUCGGGUCAGGGGAAUGUCCUCGCAUUAUGACUCUAAUCUGACCUUUUCCCUUGCCCCUCCUCCGUGUCCCGUAUCCCGUAUCUCACCAUUUACAUCAUCUGAACCAUCUGGGUCUUUGAGGUCCAUGAUCCCGUGAAUAUCCUUGAGGAUCCGUUGAGAUCAUCCACUCAACCAAUCCUCCUCUCAUGCACCCAUAGACUUUUGUGAAUACUCCUGUUCCCAAUCAUGAUUUUUGUCACCUGUCGCAUUCCCAAUCUCCUCGAACCUGACGGGCACCUUCUUCUUCUAACAGUGGUGAGGUCAAGUUGGCAGUUGCCAUCAGUGUAGUUGAUCGCGACUUCCUGCUGACAUGCACCUGCGACCAUGUUUUCUGUCUUCGUGGCAGAAGCACUUCAAUUUAUUGAUACACCACCAUGUCCGUCUUGGAUCUCGUGUGCCUCAAAGCACAGUCACUGUUCUACCUCUUCAAUUGAGGGGCCUGGCCACAUCAGUUACCCCGAGAGAUCGACCUGAGGACGACAAAAGAGAACAAGUGGUAAUUCUGGGAAGUGGGUGGGCUGGUUAUGUGUUAUCUCGAAAACUUGACCCGGCCAAGUAUCGUGUCCUCGUUGUCUCGCCGCGGUCUUACUUUGUCUUUACUCCUCUUCUCAAUGACACCUCUGUGGGAACCCUCGAAUUCCGUCAUGUGCUCGAGUCUGUUCGUAAGCGCAACAGCCACGUCGAGUAUAUGCAGGGCUGGGCCGAUGAUGUCAAUUUCAAGGAUAAGAUGAUCACCGUCGAGCCUUCGGUCCUGGAUCCGGUCGUCGGCCAUGCCCUCACCGGCCCUCGAGUCAGCCCGUUAGAACCAAACAUGGCUUUGGUCGGCGGUACUGGCCGCGACCAAGUGCCAACCUUUGCCAUUCACUAUGACAAACUCGUCAUCGCUGUGGGAUGCUACAGUCAAACUUUUAAUACCAAAGGGGUGCGAGAAAAUGCCAUGUUUCUCAAAGACGUGCGUGAUGCCCAAGCCAUCCGUCGCCGCAUCCUCGAACUAUUCGAACUCGCUCAUCUUCCCAUCAUCUCCGAGGAGACCAAGCGAUACCUCCUCCAUUUCGCCAUUGUUGGUGGCGGUCCCACCGGCAUGGAAUUUGCCGCUUGUCUCUCCGACUUGAUCAACGACGACCUUGUCAAAACACACCCUGACCUGAUCAAAUACGUUCGCAUCACUCUCUACGAUGUUGCACCUAAAGUGCUCCCCAUGUUCGACGCCACUCUUGCCGAUUACGCCGUCAAACAAUACCGACGUCGCGACAUCGACAUCCGCACCUCGCACCAUGUCGAGGAGCUUCGCAAGGGAUUCCCCAAUGACCCUGAAGCCGCGCGAAACCAAGACUCGGAAGUCAAAGGUCGUGUCUACACCAUCCGAACCAAGGAAGACGGUGAUGUCGGCAUCGGUCUUUGCGUAUGGAGUACAGGCAACAUGAACAAUCCUUUCGUUGCCAAAGCCCUUGACCACGUCCGACGCUUUCCCACCGCUUCCGCUCACAUCACCAGUGGUGAAGAUCAAGUCCAAGACCCUAAUGCUCGUCAAUGGACGAUAGACCGUGAUCCCAAGACCGGUGUCAUCCUCGUCGAUGACCAUUUUCGCGUCAACCUCAGCACAGGGACGAUUCCCGAAAGUCAGCACGGGGAAUCUACCCAACCCCGACACGCCUACGUCAAGGAUGUCUUCGCCUUGGGAGACACGACCAAGUUGAAAUCUGGCGCUUUGCCCGCCACGGCUCAGGUGGCAAAUCAACAAGCUCUCUGGCUAGGCAAAGCUUUAAAUCGCUACCCAGAUCCAGAGGACUUUGCCCGACAGAAAGGCUUCACUUUCAAGAACAUGGGCGUGUUCACAUAUGUUGGCGGGGCCAAGGCAGUAUUGCAAGGCCCGCAGACGGAUCGCAAUGGAGUGGCAAAGGGGCUCAAAGGAUGGAUCGCCUUUUUGGUCUGGCGAGGGGCAUAUCUGACCAUGACUCUUAGUUGGAGGAACAAGUUUUUGGUGCCGAUGCAGUGGCUGGCCGUCAAGAUUUGGGGCCGAGACUUGUCGAGAUUCUGAACAGGCCAGUGUCUUUUUUUUCUUCAAGCAAGAGUUUGUUGAUGGUGGGUGCGAAUGCCUCUGGCCAUCACCGGCUGUCAGGAGUUUGCUGAGUCAUGUGCGGAAAUACGAGAUUUGGUGUUGCAUUCCCCAAACCUCCACUGUCCUCAUAGCAUCAUUACUAAGGCUCACGUGCGAACCAAGCGUAGAGCAUCGUAGCUGAGAUUCGUGAAUGCCGCCUUUGCCCGUGCACGGCGUAUUUACAGUUCGAGCUGCUGGCUUUUGUUGUAUACCCCUACAUGCUGACAUAUGCCUGUCCUGCAAAACAUUUCCCAGACAACCACCCCAAUCCUUCAGUAGGCCGAUAUAAGAACAAAG